AUGGCUGCAAAUUUCCCAAUGGAAAUUUCAGCAGUAUCAGAACAGCACUCAGUUGUAUCAUUGAUGAGCUUCAUUGAAUCACUUGGAUAUUUUUCUAAAAUUGAUUUGCCUGCUGAAGAUUUCUACUGCCAGCUCAUAAGUAAUGUGAAUAUGUGCCUUACAACCUGUUUUCACCAACUAAUACCAUAUGAUAUUACCAUAACAACUCAAUCAUCUUGUCAAAUCUGCUGCAUCAUAAAGGCUCUGGUACACCAUUUUGCCAAUUGCAUCCAGAAAACAACUUCUUGCUCUGUUUGUUUACAAUUGUUUCGUCUGCUUCAAGGUCAUGUUGGAUUCUGUCAAAAUGAUAAGGCAAGGAAGAAAGAGUCAACAUCAGACAUUUGUUAUGUUCUUUUAGAAGCCAUGGAUUUCGAAAAUUUUGAUGAAAAAUCUCAUAUGUUUUGGGUUCGUUCUAAGAAAUUGCUGGCCGAAAUUGAGGCAGUCCCAAAUUCUGAAUCUUUAUCACAAGUGUUGAAAAAAGAACAAUUUUCUCACUUAAAUGCAAAUGAAAUCAACGAAUCUGACCUGUUUGGUGAUAGGAAUCAAUCAAACUUCCAUGAAUUGGAGGAAAUGGAACAAUUAUAUGGUGAUGCUGGUUACAAAAUUGUAUCACAGUCUGAAUUCUCAAAAGGAAAUAAUUCUAUUGAGAAAAACAAUGGGGAUUUAGAGGGUCAUAUCUUAGACUUAAGAGAUAAUACUUCUGACAUUUCCUCUAUUUUCACACCAACAGUGCUUCCAAUGUUUGACCCAAACAGUACAACAACAGUCACACCUAUUGCUGAAAGCUUCUAUGGAAUAGGAGCUAAACCAAAGGAUUCUCUGAGAAGAAAAGUAUCAAGAAUGUCAUCAGGGGAAUCAAAAUUGUGUGAACUUCCAGAAACACAGAUUGUGGAAGAUUUUAAAUCUAGUUCAAACAAUAGUAUGAAAUCUAAUCAAUCUAAUGAAGACAGAAAACUACUAGAAAUACCAAAUGAGAUUGAUGUAGGACUGCCGCCACAAGUCAAACGAAAUUUAAAAGAAUACAAUGCAACCCAAGAUUCUUGUGACACUCAAAAAACGUAUGGAGAGUCACGAGUGACAAGCUUACCUAUGGAUCCAUCUUAUCGAGGUGGGGACCAGUUUUGUUCUCUAGAAAUGCGACCUGUAGGACAACCAGGUGUAGGAGAAGUAGUGUAUGGUACUAGAGAGCAGUUGAGAUUGGUUGCCCACUACUGGAGCAAGUUAAAAAACACAUUGAAGGACACUACAACUUUACCACAACAGAAAAGAGAGGAGGGUGUUAUCCUGUCUAAAUAUAAGAAACAACUCAAAAUUUUAAGAACAUUGUAUCAGAAGCAUUAUCAGUGGGAGAGAUUAACACAUCUUGGCAAUGGAGCUGCAGGACAAUGUCAUUUAGCCAAGGAUUUGAACACUGAUUUUCAAUUUUGUGUCAAAAGGUUGAUAAUACACCGUUAUGAAGAACAGGAACUAAAGAUUUGGUGUGAUUUAAAGCAUGAUAAUAUUGUACAUUUGUUUGGUGCCCUAAGACGUGGUGAAAAAAUCUAUAUAUUAGCUGAGUUUAUUGAUGGUGGCAGUUUAACAGAUUGUAUUAACGCACAGAAACGUCUAAAUCGUAGAAUUAGUCAUGUGAUGGCCUUAACUUAUUUACGUCAAUUAUUGGAAGUUUUGAGAUAUUUACAAUCAAGAGGUAUCCUUCAUGAAGACAUUAAAUGUGACAACAUUUUACUGCGAGCAGGAAGUACAUCUAUUGCUGUCUGUGAUUUUGGUUUAGCAAGAUAUAUCAACCAAAAGAAAGAUUUUAAAGGUCAAAGUCCAGCCGGAACAUCUACUCAAUGGAGUCCAGAGAAAGCUGCUAGUGAUGGUCAUGGUUUCCCAUCAGAAGUGUGGGCUGCUAUCUGUGUUCUGGUACAUAUGAUGAGUGGGGAUCCACCCUGGAUGAAACGAUUCCACUCUGCGGCUAUGCUUCAUUUUAUUAUCUAUGAGAAAUCUCCACCAUUAGAAGAUGUACCAGAUAGUGUACGAAGUGAUAUGAAAGAUUUUAUACGUCAUGGAUUCACACGAUCUGAUACUGAUCGUCCAACAGCAGAACAGUUAUUAGCUCAUCCAAUCUUCACACAUACAGCUCAGGAAAUUCCAGAAAGAUAUUUUUCAUUGUUAACAGAAAGACCACCUUUAGCACCUGCUUCAAGUAAUCCAGAUGAGCUUAAUGCCAUCGUACAAAACCUUCAACUAAAAAUUGAUGAAGCUGAAAAACAACAGCAAAAUUCUGAAGGUUCAGUGAACACAGUCCAAGUUAAUUCACAAACUAUCAGUUCUGUUGUCACGUCCGGUUCUGUUUCAGUCAUGACCCAGAAAAUAGAUGUUGCUAGAGCUGUUAUGAAUCAAACUACAUAUGCUGCUCCAGGAUUGAAUGAAAUAUAUUUUCCAAUGGUUAAAUCUAAUGGAGGAAAGGAUGGAAAUUUUAAUAAUAUUAAUAGUAAUAGUGAAAGUGUUGAGUGUAGGAAAAGUUUGAUGAAGACUGCUGGAUUUGAGGUUGGAGCAACACCACAAUCACAAACUAUUUUAGAAAGUCACAAUAAUAUCAGAACAAGCAAUGUGAUGCUGAAACAGACAUUUGUUGUUCCUGGUAAGAAUGAACCUCAAACUUCAUCACUGGCUACAGGAACCCCGUCCGAGGUAUCUCUACAGUUCCGAAUCAAACCUGAAAUUGUGGAGGCAUCAGCCAGACUAACAGAAAUGCCCUCUGCUAAUCUUAAUAAACUAACUUCUAAUGAUUUACCCAAGCUUUCAAUUUUGGAAAAAAUUUCUUUUGAAGAACAGACAAAUAAUAAUAGUUUAACAUGCCCCAAAUUUUCAUUACUUGAAAUUAAAAGCGUAGGAUUGGAUGAUCAAGGACAUGAUAACCAUGCUGAAAAUCUUAAUGGAAAUAAGCAGAAUUCUACUUACAAUGGAUCCAAUCUUAAAUCAAGUCAUAGCGUCCCAGAAAUAUACUCAUCCAAAACAUCUACAACUUUUAAAUCUUGUUUAUGUGCUCCUAAUGAACUGUGCAAUGUUGAUCCGUGUACUCAAACAUACACUAAUUCAUCUUUCAGUGAGCUCCACGAUAAAUUAAGGACAACCAAUUCAUCCCCACAGACAAGCAUCAGUCAUUUUUCAAAUAAUAUUUUUCCUCCCAGUAUAUCUGAGCUUCACAACAGGUUGAAUGUAGCUCCAGAAAAUAAUACACCAAUGCAUUCUACUGCAUUGGAGAGUUCAGAAACUUCAUCUGUUGAAGAACUUUAUGCAAAUUUCCUGAAUGACAGUGUACAGCCAAACCUAGAUAUGCUUCAAAAAGCACCAUUAAAUGAAUAUAGAGAAGAUGAGACAAGCCCAUCCACUUCAAAAGGUUCAGAAACUCUUUUGCCAAAUCUACCAAUAUUUUCUAAAGAACACAUGAAUAAUAAUUUGAGUGUGUCUGGUCAGUCAAACCAUUUUGGAGCCAAACUACCAAAUAAAGCUGAAGUCAGUAUAUCACAACCAAUAGUUACUGUAGCUCAGCAGACAGGAAAUCCGAACAACACAUCAAGUAACGAGAAACCACAAAGGUCGCCACAAAUAAAACACAAAUCCUCUCUGCAUAUUAAUAUAAACCAGCCAGCCCACCAUCUUAUUGUUGCAAAUUUUGCACAAGAUACUUUUAAAUCUGCUCCUAUUGGUGCUCAAGUGAGUCCUAAUAGAAAGAAUAGCUCGAAAACAGCCGAACCUAGAAUGGCUGGUGAGAGUGGUUUGUGGGGAUCUUCACCAGCAAGGUCAUCAACCUCCAAUAUUUCAGCAUCUACUAGAAGUUCAGAAUACGAUGAAGAAAGAGACAAAUUACUUCAACAAUUGAAAUAUACUGCAGACACUGAUUUCCCAGAGCAAGACGAAAGAACUACAGAGCUAGGAGAGAGUGAUAUUGGAUUGCUUGAGCAACAAAAGUUGAUUGCACAGAGUUUACAAAACAAUAUUCAUGAACCUAAUGGUACUGCUAAAUUAAAUUUCUAUGAUGAAGAUGAGAUGUUGAUAUGUUCAGUGAAAGCAUCACCUACAAUAAAAGAUUGGAAAGAACUAUUUGAUGCCUCUCCUAUUAUACAGAAGAUACAAGACAAGAAUAUAAUACAUUUUAAAAUACAAGUUCUAGAAAAUGGUCAGUUUAUAUCAGUGGACUAUACUUCACCUAUAGAUAAAUAUCAAACCAAUUUGACUGUUUCACCAACUACCCCAGAUGAUCACAAUUGCUGGUGUGACUCUCAUUUAAGUGUGUAA